UUUAAGAGAGGAUACGGUGGGAAGAAAGCAGAGGACUGAGGGCUAGCGGUCCUCGCUCCUCACUCGGGCUCACCUGCUAACUGGAGCCGCUUCUCUCCGUGGGCCUCCCUCAUUGAGACAGUUGCUAUCCCACAGGACGGCUUCUAAUACCCUAGCAGUCUGUGAUCCCAGAAGCCCCCGAUCCCCCCAUCCCUCCACGGGCCUAGCCGAGGCUGGGGAGCGAGUGGAGGCCAGGAGCGUGGAGGCCAGCCCUGGCCCCAUGGACCUGCCCCCACAGCUCUCCUUCGCCCUCUACGUGGCCGCCUUUGCACUGGGCUUCCCACUCAACGCCCUGGCCAUUGGGGGCGCCGUGUCCCAUGCCCGGCUCCGCCUCACCCCCAGCCUUGUCUAUGCCCUCCACCUAGGCUGCUCUGACCUCCUGCUGGCAGCCUCUCUGCCCCUGAAGGCGGUGGAGGCCCUGGCCUUGGGCGCCUGGCCUCUGCCGGCCUCGCUCUGUCCUGCCUUUGCCCUGGCCCACUUCGCUCCGCUCUAUGCUGGCGGGGGCUUCCUGGCUGCCUUGAGUGUCGGCCGCUACCUGGGGGCUGCCUUCCCCUUGGGGUACCAAGCUGCCCGGAGGCCGCGUUAUUCCUGGGGUGUGUGUGUGGCCAUAUGGGCCCUUGUCCUCUGUCACCUGGGGCUGGUCUUUGGGUUGGAGGCUCCAGGAGGCUGGACGGACAAUACCAACAGCUCCCUGGGCGUCAACACGCCAGUGAACGGCUCUCCGGUCUGCCUGGAGGCCUGGGACCCGGCCUCAGCGGGCCCUGCUCGCCUCAGCCUUUCUCUCCUGCUCUUCUUCCUCCCCCUGACCAUCACAGCCUUCUGUUACGUGGGCUGCCUCCGGGCACUGGCCCGGUCAGGCCUGAGCCACAGACGGAAGCUGAGGGCGGCCUGGGUGGCCGGCGGGGCUCUGCUCACACUGCUGCUCUGCUUAGGGCCUUACAACGCCUCCAACGUGGCUGCCUUCCUGCACCCCGACACGGGCGGCCGCUGGCGGAAACUGGGGCUCAUCACGGGUGCCUGGAGUGUGGUGCUCAACCCGUUGGUGACUGGCUACCUGGGAGGGGGUGCCGGCCGGGCGACAAGUGUGGCGAGAACGAAAGGAGGGACAUCCCAGAAGCAGCAGCCGCCGCUGGAGAGAAGGGGCAUGGAGCAGGGGAGGCCGGCUGCUCUCGCAGGCCCCUGAUGGGGACUGCGCCGAAGGAACUGCAGGGCGGCCUUGCCUGGAAGCACCCUUGGAACCGCUUAUGGGAAGAACUGAGCCUGGCCGAAGACCGCAUCCCAGUGGAGGGAAGACGGAAGCCAGGGGCCAGGUCACAGGAGGAAGGUAAGCUUGCCUCCGCGUACAUCAGCGUGACUCCCCACCUCUGCCUGUCCCUCUUCUCCUCGCGCCCACCUGCCAAUGCUACAGAAAUUCUCUUCCAGUCUAGAGGAAAUGCCACACUGAUGGUACGUUCGGGGGGAUGCUGUUCCCCAAACAUCUCCUAGGAGAGAAUAUUUUAAUUUCUGGACAAGAGGAGAGGCAGGAGGCAAGAUACUGACACUGUUAUGCCGUUUUGCACUCACAAGAGGGCAGCACUGGAACUGUGAACAGGAAGUUGGUAGGAAAAGACGCUUCCGCAGGGAGAGAAAAUGCUAGCCACACCAAGAAGAGUCCCUAACAAAUAGAGUCCCUGAUAUGGGACAGUCACCAGGGCGAGUGUUUUACAAGUGUUGUCCCAUUUCAU